CGCCUGCGACCGAACUGGGUUCAGACCCGACUGACUGGUUGACUACUACGCUUGUUCUUGUCUUCUCCAUCCUGUCGAGCCCCUCAAAAUUCUCUCUUUUGCCCGAAGGAUGUUCUUGCGGUGAACACCGGCCAACGUUGAUACAUCGUAGCCUCCUCCCUCCACAAACCCUUCACCUCUUCAGAAAGGAGGAUUUCGGGUUACAAAAACUGAAGAUGGUGACAAUCAGUGGCUUAAGUGGAAACCAUCUAGUUGUGGUUCAUCCCAUGUGUAAUAAAUUUCCUCUCCGGAGCAAGAGUAAGCAGACGAGAAGUAAUGAAUGCAAAGCUAUUGGGCUUGCCUGUGGUAAAAUUUCAAGAACAAAUGCUGGUUGUUUGGAUGUUGGGCAUUUCAGGAACAAUCAUGUGGUGUCUGCCAGAAGAAAUAACAUUGCGUUAAGCUAUGACGAUGACUUGCGUCCUGAACCAUUUUGGUCUAGUCUGAUCAAAGAAGUAGUGUGGUCUUCAAAGUCAUUAUUCACAUUUUUGUGCGAGCAACCUAGCCAGCUGAAAUACAUAGAAUGGCCGAGCUUUCAGAGCACGCUGAGAACGGCAACUCUCACGCUGAUUCUUGUGGCAUUGCUCAUCGUCGCGCUGUCAUCAGUGGAUUCGGCCCUUCACUGCAUGUUGAGCUGGUUUCGCAGGGGCUCUUCAUGACCAAUCCACAAUCUCAUUUAAUCCUUGCUUCUAGUCUAUUCUUGGAAAUGUCUAGGGUAAUGGAAAAGACUUAUAUAUAACUUAAGAAGUCAUGAGUUGAUGAGUAAGGCACUUUUAUUUCAUUUUUCCUUUUGCUUUCUU